UCUGAAAUCUUUCUUUUCUAUAAAAAUAUACCUAAUCUUUUCUUCUUCUUCCCUUUAUUACUUGAUUCCUGGAGAUAGUUUGUAUCACUGUUACACAGUCUAGAUAGUGAGCCUAAAGAAAAAUUAAAGAAGAAAAUGAUUUUCAGGAAUUUGCUUGGAUCAAAUCUUACCACUCAGGGUGCUGCACGUAUAAGGAAUGCUGUAAGCUCUGGGAGUUUGCAUGAGCAUUUGCAUCAGUUUCGUGCUAUCACUCGAUGGAACAGUACUUCUUCAGCCGAGCAGAAGGAGGAGUUAACUGCACAAGAGUUGGCUGAUAAAGGGUUUAAAGGACAUGGUAUGCUGGCACCCUUUACUGCUGGUUGGCAGACUACAGAUUUGCACCCUUUGGUGAUUGAGAGAUCUGAGGGUUCUUAUGUUUAUGACACUAACGGGCGGAAAUAUCUUGAUUCCCUUGCUGGUCUGUGGUGCACUGCUUUGGGUGGGAAUGAACCAAGACUUGUUGAAGCUGCUAAUAAACAAUUAAGUACUCUGCCGUUCUACCACUCAUUUUGGAAUCGCACCACUAAACCGUCCCUGGAUCUGGCCAAGGAACUUUUGGAGAUGUUUACUGCAAGGAAAAUGGGAAAAGCCUUUUUUACAAAUAGUGGUUCCGAAGCUAAUGAUACUCAGGUGAAGCUGGUUUGGUAUUACAACAAUGCACUUGGAAGGCCCAAUAAAAAGAAAUUCAUAGCACGUUCUAAGUCAUACCAUGGAUCAACUUUGAUAGCGGCUAGCCUUUCUGGUCUUCCAGCUCUACAUCAAAAAUUUGAUUUGCCAGUAUCCUUUGUCUUGCACACAGACUGCCCACAUUACUGGCGAUUCCACUUACCAGGCGAGACGGAGGAGGAAUUUGCAACCAGAUUAGCUGAUAACUUGGAGAAACUCAUUCUUAAAGAGGGACCAGAGACAAUUGCAGCAUUCAUUGCAGAGCCUGUCAUGGGUGCCGGUGGGGUGAUCCCUCCCCCAGCAACUUAUUUUGAAAAGGUUCAAGCUGUCGUAAAGAAAUAUGAUAUCCUCUUCAUUGCAGAUGAGGUUAUAUGCGCCUUUGGAAGGCUUGGUACAAUGUUUGGCUGUGACAAGUACGGCAUUAAGCCAGAUCUGGUUUCCAUAGCAAAGGCUCUGUCAUCCGGGUACUUACCUAUUGGUGCUGUUCUCGUGAGUCCUGAGAUUUCUGAAGUCAUACACGCUCAAAGUAGCAAACUAGGUGCGUUCUCACAUGGCUUUACAUAUUCUGGGCACCCGGUAUCAUGUGCUGUUGCGUUGGAAGCACUCAAAAUCUACAAAGAAAGAAAUAUUGUUGAGCAAGUCCAGAAGCUUUCUCCAAGGUUUCAAGAUGGCCUUAAAGCGUUUUCUGACAGUCCCAUUAUUGGAGAGAUUCGAGGUACCGGAUUGAUUAUUGGGACUGAAUUUACAGACAACAAAUCACCCAAUGAUUUGUUUCCUCCAGAAUGGGGGGUAGGGGCAUAUUUUGGAGCAGAGUGUGAGAAGCGUGGAAUGUUGGUACGGGUUGCUGGAGACAACAUAAUGAUGUGCCCUCCAUUUAUAAUUACACCAGAAGAAAUUGAUCAAUUAAUAUCCAUCUAUGGAGAAGCACUGAGAGCUACAGAAGAGAGGGUGAAGGAACUCAAGUCUAAGAGGAACCAACAAUAGAUCUUGCUUCUUGACGGUUGGGUCUUGGUUGAUGAUAAUGUCGAUAAUGUCAAAUUAGUUUAGUUUAUGCAAAGCAAAUUCUCUUUUAUGUUCUAUGACAAUAUAGUUCCGACAUGUCCGAUGUUAAUAAAGCAUCCCGUUUUCCAGUUUAUGUUCUGUGUCUGUAGUUAACUUUUUCUCCUCCUGUGAUCAUUAUCUUUUACUGUUAGAACUGUUGAGGUCAACUUGCUGAUAAGAACUGGACUUCAUAAGCAGAAGUUCCGAAAUAUAAAUGUAGGUACUGUAUAUAA